AUGACAAGCGACGACGAAAAGCUCUCGGAUGCCGACCCACAUAGCCUAGGUCUAACUGAGGAGCAGCUCGCACUCUUGGAUGACCAAGUAGACACGGCGAAAAGCAAUGCAGGAUACUUUGCAAUAUACCGAUAUGCAAAUCGAGCAGAUGUAGCUGGUCUUGUCAUCAGCGCUGCUAUAGCUGCAGCAGCUGGUGCUGCGAUGCCACUCAUGACGGUUGUCUUGGGCUCUCUUGUGGGCAAGUUCUCAGAUCUAUCAGAUAAAUCUAGCUUAGAUUCGUUCGUAGACGAAAUUAACCAGCUAAUUCGCUACUUUAUCUACAUCGGUGUCGGGAUAUUGGUAUCAAACAGCCUAUUCGUAACAGGCUUCACAUCCAUAGGCGGCCGCAUAACCAAGCGGCUUCGAUCGUCAUACCUGGAGGCCUUGCUCCGUCAAAACAUGGCCUUUCUGGACUCCCUCGGCGCAGGUGAGGUUGCCGCACGCAUCACUGCAGACAUGAACCUCGUUCAAGACGGAAUAUCCCAAAAGGUCGGUCUCGCCAUCGGGGGACUCGGGUCCUUCAUUUCGGCUCUGGUAAUUGCGUUUGUCAAAUCUUGGCGUCUCGCCCUCGUCAUGCUGUGUCUUCCGGUCUCAAUUACAAUCUGGAUGGUCAUAACCGGAACGUCGAUGAAGAAGGAAAUGGUCAAAUCUUCAAGUUUGCACGCAUCUACUGCCUCAUUUGCCGAAGAAGCUAUAUCUGCGAUAAAUAAUGUAGCUGCGUAUGGCCUACAAAGGAGGUUUUCUAAGAAAUACGAAACAUCCCUGAUGCCCGCUACUACUUCUGACUUCAAGGCGAAGAGCUUCAUGGGUCUCUUGCUUGGCGGUAUGAUGUCUCUUGUGCUGAGUGCAUUUGCGCUUGCUUGCUGGGCUGGAUCGAGAUUCAUGGCCGCCGGAGAUAUUACAACAUCUGAGAUUGUCACCGUUCUGUUUGCAUCGGUGAUUGCGGGUGUGGCAUUUGGUCAGAUAACGCCUCAUCUGGAGAGUUUUGGAUCUGCCGGCACAGCCGCCAACAGAAUUAUCUCGACUAUUGAACGCAAGCCUAAAGUGCUUCAUGUUGUGAAGGAGACUAGUCACAGCAGGUUGGACAAGUCGAGGCAAAUAUCUGGACAAAUUGGGUUUAGAAAUGUGCAAUUGGUAUAUCCUGCCAGGAGGAACCAAGUCAUUUUGGACGACUUUACUCUAGACAUUCCCGCAGGGCAGACAACAGCAAUAGUUGGACCUUCAGGAUCCGGAAAGUCAAGUUUAUUCUACCUUUUAGAGAGGUUCUACCUACCUCUUCAGGGAUCCAUCUCCAUCGACGGACAAGAUAUCAGCGAAAUAGAUCUAAAAUGGCUCCGAGCCAAGAUGAGAGUCGUGACCCAAGAUCCCUUUCUAUUCAAGGCGACAAUCUUUGAGAAUAUCGCCUUUGGUUUGGUGGGAACUGACCACGAUACCGACGACCCCAAGAUUAAAACACAGCUCGUUGAAGAUGCAGCCAGAGCCGCCAACGCCCACGACUUCAUAUCUUCCCUCCCCUCAGGCUACGAAACGAAUGUCGGCGAAGCGGGAGGUCUCCUCAGCGGCGGGCAGAGACAACGAAUCGCAAUCGCAAGGGCAAUCGUAUCCAAUCCCCAGAUUCUUCUUCUCGACGAAGCCACGGCGGCAUUGGACACAAAAUCCGAGUCUCUUGUACAAAAUAACUUGCGCCGUCGCAACGAGUCUGGCACAUAUACCACUGUCAUUAUUGCUCACAGAUUAUCGACUGUACGACACGCAGAUAAGAUUGUCGUCAUGGAACACGGGCGUAUCACUGAGCAGGGAAACCAUGACGAGUUGAUGGCCAAGAACGGUACUUACACGUCCUUGGUAAGUGCUCAACAGCUACAGGAUGAUGACGGGGAGAACAGCCGGGAUGAAAGCAACACUGCUCUUCAAAGUAUGGAAGUCACAAAGACUCGGAGUAAAACCAGGAACGAACUUGACACCCUGGAAAACGACAUCUCCGCGACCCAAGACACACCAUCAACUCUGUCUCUCAUAUCACUACUCCUCAAACUCAACAACCCAGAAUGGCCCUUCCUGGCCCUCGGUCUCAUCGGCUGCAUCUUCUCAGGAAUGGCAUACCCCCUAACCGGCAUCUUCUUCGGCAACAUGAUUCUCGCUCUCCGCGAACCCUCGUCAACCCUAGGCCACCACGGAGUAAACUUCUGGGCGGGCAUGCAAUGGUUCACCGCAUGGAUCGUACUCCUAGGCUACAUCCUCCAAAGCGUUCCCUUUGCAUACGCAUCAUCAAGACUGAUAUCACGAGCGCGCAGUGUGGCAUUCACCGCCAUCCUUCGCCAAGACGCCGCCUUCUUCAUCAAGCCGGAAAAUAGCUCCGGUGCCUUGACCGCGUUCCUGGCUCAACAGGCAAACCAACUAAACGGCCUGAGUGGCACUAUUCUCGGCGCAGUCUGCAACAGCAUCGUCGCCGUGGCAGGAGGCUUCAUAGUUGCCAUUUCUUUCGGUUGGAAACUCGGGCUCGUCGGUCUGGCCACAAUGCCUCUCAUCUUCAUCACAGGCUACGCUCGAUACAGAGUCCUAGCCGAUCUAGAAAAGAAGAACCUGCAAGAUACUCAAGCGGCGAGUCUAGUUUCCGAAGCCAUUCGCGGUAUUAGAACCAUUGCCAUGCUCGGUCUUGAAGACAAGGUUGCUCAGCGGUACCGUCAACAACUUACGCAGGAAGGACGCCUAACACUCGUCAAAAACGUCCUCCUUUCCAUUCUCUUUGGGAUAAGUCAAUCCGUGAUUGUAUUCUGCAUGGCCCUACUGUUCUGGUAUGGAGGAACAAAGCUCCUCCCGACUGGGGAAUACACUGUCCAGAAUUUCUUAAUAUGCUUCGUUGCCACUCAGUACAGUGCCCAGUCAGCCGGCGGUAUCUUCUCGCAUGCACCAGAUGUAGCCGGCGCGAAGAACGCUGCCAUGCGUCUUAAAGCGCUGUGUGAAACAGUGCCGCAGAUUGACAUUGACGAUGAAACUGGAGACUUGGCGCACAACAUGAAAGGGGAUAUUGAACUGCGCAAUGCCGAGUUUGCGUAUCCUUCUACAGAGGGCAAAACGCCCUCCAUUUUACAGGAUAUGACGUUGACGGCAUCAACCGGCCGCUUUAUUGCAUUGGUCGGCGCCAGUGGUAGUGGCAAGAGCUCCGUGUUGAAGCUGAUUGAGAGAUUAUUUGACCCCCAGUCAGGACAUGUGCUCGCCGACGAGAAAGAUGUACGAGAGUACUGUCUGCAGGAUUACCGGAAACAACUCGCCAUAGUGGAACAGGAUGCCGUGUUAUAUAGCGGAACUAUGCGAGACAACAUUAUCAGCAUUGGCGACGAGACAGAUGAUGCUAUCGAGCAAGCAUGCCGGGACGCCAAUAUCUGGGAAUUCAUAGAAUCCCUACCCUCUGGACUCAACACCGUCGUCGGUCCGCGAGGCGUGCAAGUCUCCGGCGGACAAAAGCAGCGUCUGGCCAUAGCGAGAGCUGUUUUACGUAACCCGAAAGUUUUGCUUUUGGAUGAAGCAACUUCUGCUCUAGACUCACAUUCCGAAGCUGUCGUGCAGCAGGCACUGGCUACGGCUGCCGUUGGACGAACCACUAUUGCAGUCGCUCACAGGCUCAGUUCUAUUGCUCACGCCGACUGCAUUUAUGUCUUGGACAACGGGAGGGUGGUUGAACAAGGCACACAUGCACGUCUCAUGGCAAACCGCGGCCGAUAUUGGGAGUUCGUGGGGUUACAGAGCCUGGCCAGGUAA